ACCUUAGCGCGCGCGUGUGUUUUACAAGACGCGCGGUAAGACGGACUAAGUUUUCGCUUCCCAGAAGUGUAACACCCUCAUACUGCUUUACCCGAAAAAGAAAAUUUUCGAAUGUGAUAUCGAACGAAAAUUAAAAAAAAAGUAUUCCCUUUCCUUUAUGACUUUCGUGAAGAACACGGAUUUUAUUUGUGUGAAAUUUUAUUCAAGAAUAUUUUUUUUUCUUAUUAAGAUUAUCUCUGUAAUUACAUAUGUUCCAUAUUUUUCAAGAAUUUCGUGCACAUAAAUUUCUGCAUUUCAUAUAAUGAGAAGAAUUGUGACGAUUACUCAAAAUAAUACUUGCGCCAUAACAGCAAGAUCACACUUUUAAUAUUAUAUUUCUUUUAGUACUUCCAUCAAUGCACUUGUCAUUCUUUCGCAUCAUAAGCAUUUAAAGGUGUGCUGUCCGUCCAGAACCGUCAGUUUUGAAUCAAAUUUAUCAACUAUUAUGUGACGUGAAAGAUUUAAAAAAAAAACGUAACCACAGCAAUAGAGGAACUUCCAUUUUUUAUUCUCAUCAGAAGAAUCUCCCCUUCACCAUAUCUCUAAAAUGAGAUUCGAGAGGUUGCUGGUGGGCAUACAGCUCAGUUUUAUUUUACAUCUAGUCGCCUUUUUUAAAUCUCUGGACUAUAUUUUUGCACAAGACUCAUCAAACAGCCUCAGUAUAUGUCCCGAGAUCAGGUCAGGAGAAGAUGAUUUACCAGGUUUCGAUUUUAUCCGAAAAUUUCGAUUGGACGAUUUCGAGUUUGACUUUCCAGGCGUAAAGAAAGUGAAAGGAUCGAAUAGGAUGCAGACAGCUUACAGGCUUUCAAAGCGGGCAGAUUUGACUUUGCCUACCAGAUCAAUAUUCCCACUUGGUCUUCCGGAAGAAUUCUCAUUCGUCGCCACUUUCAGGAAAAAGAAUGGCCGGAAAGAUCCUUGGUUUCUGAUCCGGAUUAACGACAUUUUAGGAAAGCCACAGUUUGGAAUUACUCUUAAUCCUCGGAAGCAAAUGCUGGAAUUUUAUGCUCUGGACUUCGAAGGCAAACUGCAAACAUCCAGGUUUGGAGACGUUGAGGUACAUAAAAAUUUGCCACCUGUGCAUUCAUUCAAGUUUUUCUUUAGCUAA